AUGUAUUCACCGCUCACAACACUCGGCGGUACCUGGACGCCUUACCGACACUGGUUCGCGGUUACAAUCGAGCAUAAUCACCGGAGUAUACGGCGGGCCCCCAUCGAAGUCACCACCCAGAACCAGAAAGAAGUGCGUCAAGCCUUGUACGGUCCACCCACGUCCAAACGAUCGGUGUACCGUUAUCGCCCCGGCGAUCUCGUAACUAUAAGUAAAGUGAAAGGGAAAUUGGAAAAAUCGUACCUCCCUAACUGGAGCACGGAAAUGUUCCGCAUCGUCCGCACCCACCCUCACCAGCCUGUUGUGUACACGCUGGAGGAUUUGAACGGGGAACGGUUGUUCGGGACGUUUAACGAGACCGAACUGCAACCGGUGACGGCCGCGGCAGACAAGUUUUAUCAGGUGAAGAAGAUCUUAAAAACGGAACGUUGCCGAGGAAAACUGUACUAUUGGUUGAAGUGGGUCGUUCAUCCACCCAGCUUUAAUUCUUGGGCCACGGACAUUAAACGUAUUUAA